AUGUGCCAGAACGUCACGACUGACGGCCCUCUCGAGGCCGAUGACAAUCCCCUCGACACCGACUCGGGGUACCAGGAGUCGAUCACCUCGGCCAGCUACAGGACAUCCAUCGCAUCGAGCGUGCGGAACUACAAGUACGAGCCCAACGACGAAGAGGAGCAGGAUCGCAUGGACCUGCUGCACCACGUCUACCGAAUGCUGCUGGGCGGCGAGCUGCACCUCGCCCCCAUCACGAAAAAUCCCCAGCGCGUGCUGGACCUCGGCACGGGGACUGAUUCGCUGACGCGAGUCCAGCCAGUAUCCCUCUGCGCAGGUUCUGGGACACCACCCAACUGCUCCUUUGAGGUCGAUGACUUCGAGGCCGACUGGCCCUACCGCACCCCCUUCGACUACAUCCACGGGCGCGAGCUGGCGGGCUCGAUCAAGAACUUUGACCGGCUCUUCUCGCAGGCCUUCAAGCACCUCCGCUCAGGCGGGUAUCUGGAGAUGCAGUCGUUCCGGAUCGAGAUCUUCUCGGACGACGACACGGUGGAGAAGAAAGCCGUCUACACGAAGAAGUGGAUCGGGCUGCUGCAGGAGGCGGCGGAGAAAUUCGGCAAGCCCAUGGCCAACAUGGACGAGUGGCCGGACAAGAUGACCAAGGCCGGGUUCGAGGACGUGACGAUGCGCAUCAUCAAGGUGCCCAUGUCGCCGUGGCCCAAGGACCCCAAGCAGAAGGAGAUAGGCACCUACAUGCAGGUCGAGCAGUUGCAGGCGAUUCCGGGAUACACGACCGCGCUGCUCAGCCGGGUCCUGGGCUGGUCCAAGGAGGAGAUUGACGUGCUGCUGGCCCAUGUCACCAACGAGCUCAAGGACCGCUCGAUCCACCAGUACGCGAAGCUGUACAUCGUGUAUGGCAGGAAGCCGUGA